AUGACAACAAUUGUAACUGAAGCCCUUUGGCCAUUUGACAAUAAUACUAUUGAGGUCUAUGGUACUGGCUUUGACGGUUCUCCUGUCGGAAAUCCUGCAUAUACUGUCAGUUUGUUUGGUUUUAGUGCUGCUAUUAGUUUGUUACGAUCAUCUAAUCAAUAUGUAUCAAUAGCAUCAGUAGUUCCAUUCAAUUCCACUAGCUUCACAAUCGAAGCUUGGAUACGUCCUUUUUUAUUAACAAAUGCUUAUUAUGGAAUAUUCGGUCAAUGCGAAGCGUCAGUUAAAAAUUUAUGUUUAUACUUUACUGUCAAAAACAGGAAAGUUUACUGUGGCUUUUAUAAUAAUGAUACUAUGGGCUCAACACCGUUAGCAAUGUCUUUCUGGAUUCAUGUCGCAUGUGUUUACAGUGUCGCGACAGGAGCACUUCAAGUUUGGGUUAAUGGGGUUCUUGAUAGGAUACGCUUAGUAUCUCCUUAUUUGGGUGUAUCAGAAGCUGCACUAAUUGGAGCUAUCAGCUACAAUAGUACGGUAUACUCAUUCAAUGGCUAUAUUGAUGAAGUUCGAUACACACAAAGAGCGAAAAGUGCAGCCGAAAUUUUGAAUGAUGCCACACUAACUCUUUACUACUCCUUUGAUGGUGGCUCGACCAUGGAUAAUGGCCCAAACGGAAUCAAUGCAUCGAGCUAUGGAAAUGUUUCUACUGUAACUGGUGUGGUGAAUGAAGCCCUCCAAUUUGAACCUGUAUCAUAUUUAUAUUACACAUAUGCAAAUGCUCCACUGUAUUUUUUGCGCCUUGGAAACUAUGAUUUUACAAUAGCUUUGUGGGCGAAAGCAACGGGAAGCUUGGCAGCAUCCUCGCUUGUGUUUAUAUAUAAUGGUUGGUGCGUUCAUUUUUUAACAACAACAAUGUGUGGGCAGUUGAAUGCAAAUAUUUGGAAUGGAACUAAUAUAACUAGUUACGGGCCAAUACUCACGCUUGACACGUGGACGCAUGUUGGUUAUACGUACAGUUAUCCUAAUGGUAUUAGACUGUACAUUAAUGGCAGUCUCUAUUCAACUACGGGAAUUGUUAGUUUUGUUACUUCGACAACUCCUCUGUAUAUGAAAAUCGGUGGUACUGAUCCGAGUACAUUUCACUGUUCUCCGUAUUAUGGAGGACAAUUUAAUGGUGCACUGGAUGAAUUUCACUUGUAUAAUCGGGAGUUAACAGCAUCCGAAAUUUUUGAUUUAGCAAAUCGCUGA